AUGCGGGGCAACGUAGCUGUGUUCAAGUGCCUCAUCCCCGCUGCCGUGCAGGAGUAUGUCAGCGUCGUGUCCUGGGAAAGAGACACCGUUUCCAUCGUUCCAGGUAACAGGUUCUCUUUGACCUCCUUUGGAGCUCUUUACAUCUCUGAUGUUCAGAAAGAGGAUGCCCUCUCCACAUACCGGUGUAUCACCAAGCAUAAGUACAGUGGUGAGACGCGGCAAAGCAACGGGGCCAGACUGUCAGUAAUGGACCCCAGUGAGUCAUCGCCCACUAUCUUGGACAGUUUCCAAGCCGGGGAGGUGUACGCGGGCCAAAGCAUCGAGCUUCCCUGCAUAGCAGGCGGCUACCCGAGUCCCACCGUGCGCUGGCUGAAAGAUGGUCGACCGCUGCCCUCAGACGCCCGCUGGACACGGCGCUUGACGGGGCUGACCAUCAGUGACCUGAGACAGGACGACAGCGGCAGUUAUGCCUGCGAGGUCACCAACAGUUUUGGCUCAAAGGAGGUGUCUGGACAGCUUCACGUUAUAGAUCCACUGCGAGUGACGCUGUCUCCGAAGAACCUGAAAACAGGCAUCAGCAGCACACUGUUCUUUACAUGCACCGUGGAGGGUUCUCCAGAAUACACCAUCACCUGGUACAGGAACACUGAGCCUAUUGUUCCCGACCAGCACAUUUCCAUCCAGGGACAACACAACGACACGUUGCAGAUCACUGCAGCGCAGAAAUCCCACUCUGGGGCCUACCAGUGCUUUGCUUCCCGAAAGGGCCACACAGCUCAGGAUUUUUCCAUUAUUCUCUUAGAGGAUGGUACUCCUCGUAUUGUGUCUUCCUUCAGCGAGCGCGUGGUGAACCCCGGCGAGCCUUUCUCCCUCAUGUGCGCUGCCAAAGGAGCCCCGCCCCCGUCUAUCACCUGGACGCUGGACGACGAGCCCGUGGUGCGAGACUCCACCUACAAGACCAGCCAGUACACCCUGUCGGACGGCCUCACUGUGUCUCACGUCAACGUCAGCAGCCCGCUCAUCCGGGAUGGAGGAGUGUAUCGUUGCGUCGCACGCAACUCGGCCGGCAGCGCCGAGUACCAAGCGCGCAUAAACGUAAGAGGUCCGCCUCGAAUUAGACCCAUGCGAGACAUCACAGCAGUGGCGGGCAGAAACACAUAUAUAACAUGCCGCGUGAUUGGGUACCCAUACUACUCGAUCAAGUGGCUGAAAGACGGCAUGCAGCUGCCCGAUAAUCACCGUCAAGUGGUGUUUGAGAACGGCACCCUGAGGCUUACGGAUGUGCAAAAGGGCGCAGACGAAGGGACCUACUUGUGUAGCGUUUUGAUCCAGCCCCAAGUGUCAAUCAACCAGACUGUGCAUGUAACAGUUAAAGUGCCGCCACUCAUCCAGCCCUUCGACAUCCCCUCUACCUCGGUGGGGAAGCUCAUGUACAUCGCCUGCGUGGUGUCAUCUGGGGACAUGCCCAUUCGCAUCACCUGGCACAAAGACGGCCAGCUCAUCGUGCCAGGUUCCGCCUCUGGCGUUGCGAUCGAGACCAAAGAGUUCAUGAGCUCCCUGCAAAUCUCCAAGGUGACACUGAAGCACAACGGGAACUACACCUGUAUCGCCAGCAAUGCCGCAGCCACCGUCAGCUGGGAGAGACAGCUGAUUGUCACUGUGCCGCCACGUUUUGUGGUUCAACCCAACAACCAGGACUGCAUCUAUGGAAAAGCUGGAGUCCUGAACUGCUCAGUGGAGGGUUAUCCACCUCCAAAAGUCAUGUGGAAACAUGCCAAAGGUGUUGGAAACCCACAGCAGUAUCACCCUGUCCCACUUACCGGCCGUAUCCAGAUCAUGUCAAACGGCUCCUUACUCAUCCGACACGUCCUUGAGGAUGACCGAGGGUACUACCUCUGUCAGGCCUCCAACGGUGUUGGCUCAGACAUCAGUAAAAGCAUGAUCCUUACUGUCAAGAUUCCCGCCAUGAUCACCAGCCACCCCAACACCACCAUGGCAAGGAAGGGCCAGACCAAGGAGCUGAACUGCACAGCACGGGGCGAGCAGCCUAUUAUUAUCCGCUGGGAGAGAGGAGACACAGUCAUUGAUGCAGAGCGAAACCCCCGGUACUCCAUCACUAUCAACAAGAAGGGAGAUGAAGUCAUCUCCACCCUGAAGCUGAACCCAGCUGAGCGAGGAGAUUCAGUCUUCUUCUCCUGCCACGCUAUCAACUCCUAUGGAGAGGGUCGAGGGCUCAUUCAACUCACAGUGCAAGAACCUCCAGAUCCUCCUGAGCUAGAAGUAAGGGAAGUGAAGGACAGAAGCAUGAACCUACGCUGGAUUCAAAGGUUUGACGGCAACAGCAUCAUCACCAGCUAUGACAUCGAGUACAAGAACAAGUCAGACUCUUGGGAUCACAUGUACACGACCAGAAACAUCUCACCUACAAACAAUCAAGCCAACAUUGUGGAGUUGCACCCUGCUUGUGUUUAUAGCAUUCGCAUGUACUCUUAUAACAAGAUUGGUCGCAGCCUCCCCAGCAAGGAGCUCACCAUCAGCACUGAGGAAGCACCACCUGAUGGGCCCCCGAUGGAUGUUGUCCUCCAGCCGAUGACAUCUCAGAGCAUACGGGUGACAUGGAAGGCCCCCAAGAAGGAACUGCAGAAUGGGGUGAUCCGAGGCUAUCAGAUCGGUUACAGAGAGAAUGGCCCAGGCAGCAAUGGCCAGUACAGCAUUGUGGAGAUGAAAGCCACGGGGGAUAGUGAGGUGUACACCUUGGACAACCUGAAGAAGUUUGCUCAGUACGGUGUGGUUGUCCAGGCUUUCAACAGAGCUGGAACUGGACCAUCCAGCACCGAGAUCAACGCCACCACACUGGAAGAUGUGCCGAGUGAGCCCCCACAGAACGUGAGAGCAAUCUCGGUGACGUCAGAUGAGGCGGUGAUCACGUGGUCUGAGCCUCCACGCAUGACGCUGCACGGCGUGCUGAAAGGCUAUAGAGUUGUGUUUUGGUCCCUCUUCCACGACGGAGAAUGGGGAGAGAUGCAGAACAUCACCACCACACGCGAACAAGUGGAGCUGCGAGGGCUCGAGAAGUUCACCAACUACAGUGUUCAGGUCCUGGCCUACACGCAGGCUGGAGACGGAGUCCGCAGCAAUGUCCUGUACAUCCAAACACGGGAGGACCUUCCUGGUCCACCAGCGGGCAUCAAGGCAGUUCCUUCCUCUCCAAGCAGUGUGGUCGUCUCCUGGUUACCGCCUCUCAAACCAAAUGGUGUUAUCCGCAAAUACACCAUUUACUGCUCCAUUCCGGGAUCUGGACAGCCGGCGCCCAGCGAGUAUGAGGCCAACCCUGAGAUGCUCUUUUACCGCAUCACGCACCUCACCCGCGGUAAACAGUACCACAUCUGGGCCGCAGCCGUGACGACCGCUGGCCGAGGCAACAUCAGCUCAAAGGUCACAGUGGAGCCUGCUGGGAAAGUCCCAGCAAAGAUCCUCUCCUUUGGGGGCACUGUAACCACACCCUGGAUGAAGGAGGUCCGUCUGCCCUGCAGCUCGGUGGGAGAGCCCGCCCCCACGAUUAAAUGGACCAAAGACAGUGAGGACUCUACCAUUCCUGUGACAGCCGACAGUCAGCGGCAGAUCUUGUCCAACGGCACGCUGGUGCUACGUUCAGUCAAAGCAGAGGAUUCUGGGUACUACACCUGCACAGCUACUAACACCCUGGGCUUUGACACCAUCAUUGUUAAUCUGAUGGUGCAAGUUCCUCCUGACCAGCCUCGUCUGACUGUCUCCACCACCUCCACCUCCUCCAUCACUCUGGCUUGGAUUCCUGGGGAUAAUGGAGGAAGCUCCAUCAGAGGAUUUGUGUUGCAGUAUUCUGUGGACAACACAGAGGAGUGGAGGGACGUGUUCAUCAGCUCCAGCGAGCGCUCCUUUAGGUUGGAUAAUCUUCGCUGUGGAACGUGGUACAAAGUCAAAUUGGCCGCCAAGAACAGCGUCGGCUCGGGUCGCAUCAGUGAGAUCAUCGAGGCAAAGACACAUGGAAGAGAACCGGUGUUUAACAAGGAUCAGCCGCUGCUCACUCACAUCAACUCCACUCAUGCAGGACUCAACCUGCAGGGCUGGACCAGCGGCGGCUGCCCCAUCACCGACCUCAUGCUGGACUUCAGACCUAAGGGCACCUGGGCCUGGCAGAGCCUCAAAGCCAACUCCACCAAUCAGUUGUUCCUCAGCGAGCUGCGUGAGGCUACGUGGUACGAACUAAAAAUGAAGGCCUGCAACAGUGCUGGCUGUGGAAACCAGACCUCCCAAUUUGCUACAACAGACUAUGACGGCAGUACGAUCCCCCCCAUUAAAUCGGCCCGUGGAGAGGGGGAUGAUGUGAAAAAAUUGUUCUCCAUUGGCUCUCCUGUUAUCCUGGUUACUUUGGGCGUAGCUUUGCUCUUCAUCAUCCGUAAGAAACGCAAGGAGAAGAGGCUUAAACGGCUCAGAGAUGCAAAGAGCCUGGCUGAGAUGCUUAUCAGCAAGAACAAUCGCAGUAUAGACACACCUGUAAAGGGCCCUCCUCAAGGGCCAAGGCUCCAUAUCGACAUCCCCCGAGUUCAGCUACUCAUUGAGGACAAGGAAGGCAUCAAACAGAUAGGAGAGGACAAGGCAGCGGUGCCAGUGACAGACACAGAGUUCAGCCAGUCGGUGAAUCCCCAGAACUUCUGCACAGGAGUGUCUCUGCACCACCAAGCCCUCAUCCAGAAUUCAGGGCCUCUGAUUGACAUGUCAGACAUCCGCCCUGGCACAAACCCUGUGUCCAGAAAGAGCAUCAAAUCAGCUCACAGCUCCAGGAACAGAUACUCCAGCCAGUGGACGCUGAGCCGACCGAGUCAGUCCACAGCUUCAGCACGGACUCUUACCUCAGACUGGCGAACAAUGGGUUCCCACGGCAUCACUGCCACAGAGAGUGAUAGCUAUAGCGCUAGCCUCUCCCAAGACACAGAUAAGGGUAGAAACAGCAUGGUGUCAACGGAGAGCGCCUCCUCCACCUACGAGGAGCUGGCUCGAGCGUACGAGCACGCCAAGCUGGAGGAGCACCUACAACAUGCCAAGUUCACCAUCACAGAGUGUUUCAUCUCCGACAGCUCGUCGGACCAGAUGACCACAGGUACCAAUGACCCUGCGGACAGCAUGACCUCCCUCAGCACUCCAUCUGAGCCGGGCAUCUGCCGCUUCACCGCCUCGCCACCCAAACCACAAGACUACGAUCGUGGAAAAAAUGUGGCAGUGCCCAUUCCUCACCGGGCAAACAAAAGCGAGUUCUGCAAUCUACCCCUUUACAUGAAGGCAGACCCAUUCUUCCGCAAGCAAGGGGACUCGCUGCAUGACCCGUGCCCAGCUGUGCCGCCGCGGGAAGCCUCCAUCCGCAGCCUGACGCAGCGGGCGUACCACACCCAGGGACGUCACAAGACUGUAGAUCCGGCCAAGCAGCAGACCCUGACGCUGGUUCACUCCGGGCUGGGCAGCCUGGGUGCGAGCUCGGGCAACUCCACUUUGCCCCAGAGGACUCUCACCAUGCCCAGCUCCAAUAAUGCAGCAACAGCCUCCACGUCCAGCACGAGCAGCAACCCCAUCAACAGCAACAAGGUGGGCAGCUCCAGAGACUCGCUGCUCGAGAGCAGCUCCUCAGCCCUGGGGAGACUGCAGAAACAAAGCGUGGGGGCCUACUCCAAGUCAUACACACUAGUGUAGUCCAUUCUGCUGCACAGACUUGCACUGCUGACCCGCUCCUCAGCCAGCUCCACUCUGGCACUCAUACGUCUGGGCCAGAACAGGCUUGAGGCCAUCUUUCUGAAAGCCUAGCUAAUGGUGAACCGCCCAGCUUCCUGUCUACUUUUCCUUCAGGGGGGGUGUGGGGGGGUGGAGGUGUAACACCCCUCUAGACAGAGACCCAGCUAACCCUACUGUUCUUGUUUAAAUGGAACUAUAUAUGAGAACUACUAACUCCAAGUAACAGUUCCAGCCGGCUGGUGCUCAGCUCCACUCAGUUCCUGCAGGAGACACACAGCCAAAUACAGAAUGUGACUCCUAGUGUCAUUUGCAAAUAUUGACUAUAACCGAAGAGCUGAAGGCUCUGAGUUCAUGAUGACGAACACUAUAUUAGCCAGUAUGAAGCUGUGCGACCAUCCAGUUUUUCAUGCGCAAAUACACACACACACACACAGUGUCCUCCAUAGUCUUUAUUUGAUGUAUUUUGUAAUUUUCGGUCAAUUUGCAGGACUUUGGUUUAGUCCCCUGUUUUCACACACUAUCUCUCACUCUCCUGGUGUCCCUAAUAAGAAUUGGCAGAUUCCCCUUUUUGAUUGCCAUUACAAAAAGCAAUGAUUCAGGGUCACCUCCACAAUCAGUAUUCUCCACUCAUCUCUCUGCAGCUGAACGGCGUCUCAACUCUUCAAUCCAGUCACUAAAACCCCAGUGAAGCGGCUGUUAUUUCUCACCUUACAAAUAGAGAAUAUUUGGUAUUAUAAAGAAUUUUACAUAUAUAUUUCUAUGUAGGUAUAUUAUUGACAUUUAAGGGAAAUGAUGACAAAGUAUAAACUGUAUGCGCUACACCGAUGUGAUAGUUAUAUACAGUGGUUUAAUGUUAAUGGCAAAUUGUAAGAAAGGAGACAAUCGCUCAAUAACUGAAUUUAGAAGUAGAGAAAAUUUAAGAAAAGUUGGACUUAAGAAAGAAAAUGUUUAGUAUAUAUGUGAGAUAUUCUGUAUGUUAGGUCGUGCUGGCUGGCUAACAAAAGUGACCCACUCUAUUGUUGAGUUGGGCUAACAGAAAGCAGGGUGGAAAGAUCGCAACAUCCCUGAGCUGUGGCACAGUUUGUGCGUUUUUUUGGGGGACACAAUCAUGAUACCAGGCCUUCAAUGAUGUCUUCUUAUUUAGCUUGUUGUACGCCUGAGUGCUUGGUUAGGUUAAUACAACAAGAUUCAGAAGUUAGAGUGUCUUGUAAAAGUAGUUAUGCCUCUCUUCCACAUUUUGUCAUGUUACAACUGCAAACUUCAAUGUAUUUUAUUGGAAAAGUAUGUUACAAACCGACACAAAGUGGUGUAUAAUUGCCAAGUGGAACCAAUGCAUUGUGAUAUAAGGUGUAUUGCACAUGUGACAAAGCGUGAAAUCUAUCAAGAGGCACAAAUUCUUUAGCAAGGCACUGUAUAUUGUUAUCUCAGCGGAUCCCCAAAACACAUUUAUGCUGUUUGCUGCAAAGUGGUUCCAGACUCGGGUCGUUCUACAGUUUAAAGGCCUCUGUUUGUGGUUGGAUGAGAAAUCAUCCCAGAUGUGGUCAUUUGCUUCUCGGCCAAAUAAGUAAGCUGAAAUGAAUGCCAGUCCUAAUAUGAAUGAAGUAUUAAUAAUAUUAAUGUCAAGAGAUGUUAUAUGUCAGGGAAUUCAAUUUUGAAAUUUAUAUGUUCACUGAAUUGAUAUCUUUGUUGUUGUCCUGUCUGAAGAACUGUAAAUGUCCCACUCUUUUUGAUCUCCACACCCCCCUCCUUUUCACACUGUUGUACAUGGACACAAGAACCUAUUGGAAUGCCAUUUUGUCAAGCAUUCCCACAAUAGUGUUUUGCGUUUACUAUUUAUUUAUUUACCCAUUUGCUCUGUUUGUCUGCUUGCUUGUUUAGAGGAAGGGGGCAGGGGAUCUGUUGAUAUUAAUUUCUCUUUAGUUUUGUCAGACAUUUAGGUUGCGGGCGUCCAACAGUACCUGCCCUGUGAUAUACACUAGUUCAGCCAAGUAAAAUCAGGGACUUGCAGCUCUUUUGGUCAUACAAACUAAUAUUGUAUUGUGUAUAUACUGGACCAGAGCCACUCUGUAAAACUGCAUCAUUUGGGCCCUUGCCUUUGUCCCCCACUUUAAUAAAAUGAGGUACAAAUUUGCCCCCUUCGAACCAUAGCAGAUCCAUCAUCUCUACCUUUGUCAAUGUUGUUUUUAAAUUCAGUCUUGUACAUAAAACACAGUUUUGUAUGAAGAGCUAUUUUCUUCAAAAAUAAAUCCUUUCCCGCAUCAAGGUGGAAAGUCCCUCUUUCAAAAUUGAAAUAACAUCACAAAUUAUUUUCUUUUUCUUUCUUAAAAUGGUCAAACACAUUAUCCCCCUUAUGUUUUUGAUACUAAUUUGUUGAAUUUUUAGUCUUUUUUUUUUUUUAAAUUGUAUUCUGAUGUUGUCAUUUGUCCUAUUUACUUUUUUAUUAUCAUUAUUUUAUUUUUUAUUUUUCCAACCCUUGGAAAAGUCACUGCAUGCUUGCUAAAAGGGAAAAUAUGAUGGAAAAAUUCAUGAAAAAUCAAAAAAAAAAAAAUGUUGAGGAUAACCUAAACAUUUCUUUAAGUUGCUUGUUACAGCAAUUGCUUGUGUUCAAAGGUACAUUUUCUAUGAAAAAGCAAAAACUAAAAAGAUCAUUCUAACACCUUGUGCAAUAAAGCUAUCUUUCAUA